AUGUUGCAGAUCCACGAUAACCCGGAACUCGGAUGGCAUGAAAAGCAUGCCCAUCGUGACUUGACAGAAUUUCUCGAGAAGCAAGGCUUCAAUGUCACGCGCGGCGCUUAUAACCUCCCGACAGCUUUCAUAGCUGAGUACUCGCACGGAAAAGACCGAUCAGUAUCCUUCAACGCAGAAUAUGAUGCUCUCCCAGGCAUGGGACAUGCAUGCGGACACAAUCUCAUUGCGACAGCUUUCGGAACGCCCGCCGAGGAGAUAGGUGGGGGAAAGGCCAAGCUCAUUCAGGCUGGGGCGUAUGAUGACCUCGACUGCAGCCUGAUGACCCGUCCUGGCCCUCGGAACUAUAUGUUCUACGCAGAGUAUCCCGCUUUAAUGACAGCUCGACUUAACUGGACCGGAGUACCUGCUCAUGUGGCUGAAUCGCCGUGGAAUGGCCUGAAUGCACUGGAUGGUUUUGUGUCGGCGUAUGUCAUGACAGGUCUUCUUCGGCAGCAGCUCGAACUUGACACCGGCAUUCAGCAGGUUUUAUCCGAAAGUUCAAAUCCUGAACUGGAUUACUGGGACGCGAAACUCAACUCGGUCUUGACAAGAGCAUACCUCAAGAACCAAAUGGAGUUCUUUGACCCGGCGAAUACAAAGGAUGGCAAACAGUUCUUGUACAAGAACGUUGAGGAAGAGAUUAUAAACCCCAAACGCGUGUCCCCUACCGAUCAGGGCAAUGCCUCACACAAAUUGCCCUCGAUUCAUAUUAUGUUCCCCAUCACCAAUAACGUGUCGAAUCAGGAAGCUGAAUUUGCAAACGCCUCGGGAACGGAACUCGCACACCGUCAGACUAUAAAAGCAGGAAAGCUUCUGCCAUGA